AGAAGAAGAAGAAGAAGAAGAAGAAGAAGAAGAAGUAGUUUCGGUGUGGAUGGAAUUGCAUCUGUGAAACGAAAGCGUAUUAACCUGCAUGUUAAAACGUGCACAUCGAAAACACAUUUCCAAAGAAGUACAAAGGUAAAUAAAUAAUAAUAAUAAUGUAUUAUUAGUCAGAGCAACCUCUUCAGGACUUCUCAUGGAAGUCAUCGUUCUCCUGUUGAUCUGCUUUUCUGCAGGGGAAGCUCUUAACGUGAGGGCACUGGUCGGUGACGACGUCACUCUGUCUGUCGAUACAAAGACGUCGUCAGACAUCGGCGAGAAUGUAAUGGAGUGGUCCAGGACAGACCUGAAUCCUGAUAUUGUCCAUCGGCAUGAAAACCGUCGGACCAUUUAUGAACAUCAGAAUCCGGCAUACAGAGGCAGGACGAUGCUGUCAGCAGAAGAUCUGGACAGGGGAAUCAUCUCCCUCAAACUGUCAGACGUCCGACUGGCCGAUGAGGGGAACUACACCUGCCUGUUCAAGUCCACAGAAAACAUGUACUCUGUCCAUCUCCUUGUAGGUGCAGCCUCCUCCCCAUUCAUAACCCUGGAGGAAGUCAAGGGUGAGGUCCUGGUUCUGGGCUGCCGGGCUAAAGGCUGGUACCCACAACCAAAGCUCUCCUGGUGGAACGCUGAAGGAGCCCUCCUGCCCGCCGUAACCAUGCCUGCAAACCAAGAAGAAGACCGACUCUACAACAUUUCCAGCACCCUGGUAGUGGAGAGGACGAGUCCGAACAGACACCUCAUCUGUAGAGUUCAUCAGGAGCUCUUCAACCAGACCAGGGAGACAGAGAUACACCUUCCUGAGAACUUCUUUCCAGGUUUGGUCCAGCCAUGUCGAACUAGCGAUGGAUUGUUUGCUGUUACGGGUGUUCUUUUGGUGGCUAUGGUGAUUUUGGGGAUUUGCCUACAGAAACAUUCGUCGAAACUCCCAAAACGAGAUGGAUAAGAGGGUUGUGUCUGGCCAAUAUGAAGAUUUGAGAUCCUUAUACAGAAUCACACAAGCUGCCACUGCCAACUAUGUGCCUCUAGCUAGCUGCUACUGCUCGCUAUGUGUCCCUUGCUAGCUGCUACUGCCCACUUUGUGCCUCUAGCUGGCUGCUAAUGCUCGCUAUGUGUCCCUUGCUAUUUGCUACUGCCCACUUUGUGCCUCUAACUAGCGGCUACUGCUCGCUAUGUGCGUCUAAUGGCGUUUUUCCAACGCGGGUGCGUUUAGGCCCAGUACGAUUUAGGUCUGGUAGUGUAGGUGGCGGUUAGGCACAGCCCCGUUGCGGCUCGCGUUUCCACCGCCGACAGUACACUUUAUGGUAGGGUGGGGUUUAAGCCGGAUGGCGAUAGCCGCGGUAGCUACUAGGGGUGUGACGAGAUCUCGUGC